UUAGAAGAUCACAGAAGGUGAUCACAUGACCCUGGGACACUGCAACCAUCAUAACUAUGAACCACUUGCCAAGCAUCCAAACUUUGAUCACAUGCCCAUGGGGAUGCUGCAAUGGUCAUGCAGUUUAUGUUGCUUUUUAGUCGCCAGGGAAAACUGAGACUUCAAAAAUGGUAUGUCCCAUUAUCUGACAAAGAAAAGAAGAAAAUCACAAGAGAACUUGUUCAAACAGUCCUAGCCCGUAAACCGAAAAUGUGCAGCUUCCUGGAAUGGAGAGAUCUGAAGAUUGUUUAUAAAAGAUAUGCAAGCCUCUAUUUCUGCUGUGCCAUUGAAGAUCAGGAUAAUGAGUUAAUAACCUUGGAAAUAAUUCAUCGUUAUGUAGAAUUACUUGAUAAAUAUUUUGGAAGUGUCUGUGAACUUGAUAUCAUCUUUAAUUUUGAGAAGGCUUAUUUUAUUUUGGAUGAAUUCCUCCUGGGAGGAGAAGUUCAAGAGACCUCCAAGAAAAAUGUUCUUAAAGCCAUUGAACAGGCAGAUCUAUUACAAGAGAGCCAGAAUGAAGACUGGGGAGGUUUGUCUGAGGAUAUCUUAUGAUUAAGAACAAUCUAAAGCCUUAACGCUUUGGCCCCUACCUGUACAAUUGCCACGUCAUGAAUACUUUAAUGUCCCAGUAUACUAAAUGACUUCAUUCAUCAUGCACACAGAGAGGCGCUAGAACUGGUUUUCUCAUGGCAGAACGCUUUUCCUCAGCUUGGUGAAUCCAAUCAUCUUGAACAAACUAGUGUAUAUCACAGUUGUGUGUUUUGUUUUUGCUGUUUGUAUUUUUCCUUGUCCUUCCAUUUGCAAUGUUUGUUUUUCUUCAUAUGUUUUGUCAGCAUGCUGUAAUUUUCAUGUUAAAAUAUUUAAAUUAUCCAUUAGCACUUGACAUAGCAUGUAAAACUAUAGCUUGAAAUAUUUUGCUUAGUCUCACUUUAUCAUUUAAAUAUUCAAUCCCAUGAUACAGUAUUGUCAAAAUGUAUAUAAAUCUAAUUUAUGCUGCUUUCACAUAGAAAUCCACUGAUGUUAACUUACACACUUUAUCCCACUAAACAAACUGUUUUCUAAAUAGCGCCUUCUAAACUUAUCAUGAAAAAUAACCCUGAAGGCCACAAAUUGUGAUACAUGUAUAUUAAACUGAUUUGCUUCACUGCUAAAUAAGUUUAAAAAAAUAAGUACAUUGAUCUUGCAUUCCUGAAGUGUGCAUAAGGUAUUCCUUCUGCAUGCAGUCUUUCAUUAAUUUCAAUAUUUUAGAGUAGAUUUAUAUGGAUAUCUUCAAUGCAUGUAUGGAGCUGAUCCAAAUGUUACAAAAGCAAUAAAAAUGUUCAUAAAUGUACAGAAGCAACUACCAAAGUAUAUGACUAAAAACCCUCCUGAUUUUAUUCUAAAACAAAAAGUCAUAAUAAAAAGAGAGACAUGAUUGUUGUUACAAAGUUAGACUUUCAAAAAGGCAGUAAAAAAGAAAAUGGUUUCUGCAAUAUUCUGCAUAUUAGAGAGAAUUGUUGUUUCAAACACGGGAUUAAUGUUACUUCCUAUUACAUCUGGGACGCAUGCAAGAAGCAUUUAUAUUGCAGAUCUCCCUCUCCCUCUCUGUGAAUGUAUAUGGUAUUGCUUCUGUGAAUAUACAUGGUAAAUGCUGCUUUGCAUUCUUUUAAUGUCUGGCUCUUCAAACGGCUGCAAAUGGAGUGCUGAUGGUGGUGCAGUAUUGUUGCACCUUUAUGUAGCUGCAUGCUUGUAAAUUGCUGUGAAUUUUUUUGGGGCAUGACUUUAAUAAACUAUUGCAUGCACUUCUCAUGUGACUGGCUUUUUUCCCCUCCAUUUCUUUGCUAUGAAAUAAUUCGUAUUUGUGGAAUUUACCUUAAUUCUGAUUUGCAGACAUAUGAAACCCUUCUGAUAAAAGAUUAAACUCAGCUAUUUCUAAAAAGUUGCACAUUUCCAAAGAGCUAUUAUUUUAUAUCCCUUGAAUGGUAUAGCUACUUUCCCCAAGUAAUAUUUGAGAUUCAGACUUGUUGAGGGUAUGUAUCAUUGCUCAUAGUACAUUAUUAAAAGUGUAAAACACAAUUUUUAAAAAUACUACGAUAGAAAAAUGCAAACAAUGAUAAGAGUAUGCAGGUUCUUAUUAGAUAAAAAUAGUGUAUCUGUUACGCUGGCCUAUGGCCAUAGUAAAUAUUCAAUUUGAUUUAGACUUCACAUAAAGAGAUCUAUGAGUGCAAGUGAAAUCCAGCUAUAUUUCAUUUUAUGAAUUACAGCUCUAACUUUCAUGAGAAAUUGCCAGAAUCAAGUGGCGACCUUGAAAGGGAACCAUUGUGGGAAUCUGUCCAUCCUCUAAACCAAUCUUGUUUUUGGAAGUUUGCAUAAUGAAUGAGGGUGCAUUCCCUGGUAGUAAAUCUGCUGAAUGAUGAAUCUUCAAAUGAUGAAUCUAAUAAAAACAUAUUUUUCAUAACAAAAUCCAAUCCUCUAUAUCAAAUGUAUAUAUGUCAGCACAGAAUAAUAUCUAAAUAGAGCACGUGCUGCUAGUUACUAACACAAUUCAGAGGUGUUACAAUAGUGCCUUCCUUUUGGGAAUUCAGAAUUUUUAUUUUUUUUAUUUAUUAUAUCCCGCCUUUACUAUUUUUUAAAUAAUUCAAGGUGGCAAACAUAUCCAACACACUUCCACUUCAUAUUUUCCCCACAACAACUACUGUGAGGUGAGUUGGACUAAGAGACAGAGUGGCCCAAAGUCACUCUGCUGGUGUUCAUGGCUAAGGCAGACUUGAACUUAUAGGGUUUCUAGCCUGGUGUCUUAACCACUAGACCAAACGGGCUCUCAUGUUCUUACAUACUUGUUGCAUUUAUAUGGAAAUAUUGCUAAAAUUCUGAUUUUCUUUCUUUUUGGCUAUACCUUUUUAGGAUGCUAAAGUAAGUGCUUUUAUACAAAUAUUGGCUGUGCUUUGAGUACAUUGGUAUAUUAUAAGGAAAAUAUAACUUGCUUUAACAUUUUAUUUGGAAUUGAACAUUUAAAACAUUGAUCAUUAACUUCACUAGCAAAAAUAACAUUUUAAUUGGCCUUUACAAUUAUUUUCUAAAUAUUUUAUCCAUAUUUGUUAAAUAUUUACAGUUUUUAUCUCAAAUACUAUUACUCUGGUUGAAUUUUUUAAUCAGAUCAAACAUUCACACUUAUCAAAGUGGCUAGUGCCUGUGGGAGUUGUUCAACUUUAUGUAGGUUGUCUUCUCUCCUUUAUGAACCAUAAACUUUUCACAUAAUAGAAACUGUUUCCAGUCUAUUCAGUUGACUAAAGAAAGGAGGAAAGAAUUGCAGGAAUUGGGAAGUGUGUCAAAUUCAGUUUAUUAACAAAAGGUGAGAUGUAACUUCCUGAAAUUCAUUUACUUCUUAAAUAUGAUAUACCUAGCUUGGCAGAAACAAACAAACAAAAAACCUUGUUAAUUCUCUCUUUUUUUUCU